AUGUGGUGGUGCAGUGUGUUUGAGUGCAGCGGCUGGGGUGACGAGGCGUUUCGCACAUUUUUAUGUUCACGGCCUGGACGUGUGCUCAUCGCCAUCUUCGUCAUGCUGCUCAUCUAUUUGACAUGCCUAUUUCUCGCUGCGAAUCGAGCGACUUCCAUCAUGGAUGUCAACAACGAUUCUUUGCCAAAAACUGGGGUGAACACGACCAGGGCGAUUGAAGUGUUGACGGAAUUGUGCGACUCGUUUGAAGCCGGUCUCAUAUCUGGUGAUUCAUGCAAUCGCCUGUGCUACAAUCGAGACUGGAAAAUCAACGACUAUUACGAGGGAAAUAAGGUCGUUGUGGUGAUGAAGGAUGGGGGACAAACAGCAGUCUUCAAAAGCAUUCAUCCGUCCAUGGGCGACUUCCCUCGGAUAGAUAAGCAGCUUACGUCACCGAUGAGUACUUUGGGUUGGCCGCGACACUACAAGAAACAUCUUAUGGAAACCCUCUGGCCAACGCUGCGGAGGACCCCAGGAGAGUCGAUGAAUGCUGCUGAUCGAGCUUCUCUAUGGGCCCUACUUCAGCAACCUGAAUUUAUUUUAUUUCGGGUACUACCACUGACAAGAGUCACUCCGAAGAUUAUCGGUACCUGUGGCCAGUUCUAUUCGACCGAAGUGCUUGUCGCGUUUCGUAUGAAGGGCUACUAUAUGAAUCUCAAGGGUAAAAUUCUUGUGCAUAUAAUGGGCACGUUAAAGUUAUUCUACGAGUUUCUCAAUGAGCCACUUCAAUGGUGUGACGUUCGCUUUGACAAUCUAGGACUCUCUGCUGAUUAUCCGAAGCGGUACUUGAUUUCGCUUAUAUUUCAAGCAGAGUUUUGUAAAAAAUGGUUCUGUUCUUUAAGAUUUGUGUUGAUGGAUGGAGAUAUGGUAUACACUGAGUCUCGACUCCGGGCUGCACUUCAGGGACGCCCAUGUGCAACCGACGACGAUUGUGCGAUCGGGGACUGCAAGGCGAGGUGCACGGCGGAUCUGACAUGCUCCGAUCGGACCGAUUCGAACCUCGAAGUAUUCUGUGCAAAAUUGGUUCGGAAACUGUUCGGUCAUACUUACUCGACACAUAACAAAUAUUUGGCUGCCUGCCAGGAGACCAAUGGCAACAUCACUCAGCGUCUGAAUGAGCUGCGGCUGACGUGGUCGUGGAAUCUCUCCGACGUCUAA